AUGCCGUCACUCCUGGAUUUGCCCGAUUUUUUGCUUGAGGAGGUGAUUGAAAUGGCCAUCCGUUCUUUCAACUUCAGUGUUAGCUAUCGCAGCACACCCCAGAUGGACAGGGUGGUAAAUGGACGGUUUUCAGUUUCUCUCGCACUGUUGCUUACCUCCCGCCGCGUAAACGCGCUUACGACUCGUAUUCUCCUACUCAGAGGCAACUUUCGCGUCUACACGGUCCGAGACCUUCAGCGAUUCUUUGAUAUGCUUGAGCAUGGAAAGCUGAGUUUCGUGAGGCGAAUCAAUAUAUCACUAAGCAACAUCAAUUCGGACAAAUAUUUCGCUGAAGACACUGUGACGGCUGAAAAUGUUUUCGAGCAAUGUAUCUCGCUGAUAAAUCGUCUGUCUUCAAAUUUACGUGAGCUUCGCCUGCACCGAUCACUUUUCGACAAUCACUCCUUCUGGGACACGAAUCCCGCAGAGUGUAACCGAGUCCAUAGAAUCUUUGCGGAAGCUUUACAGCGGUUUAGUGACUUAGAGACACUUGUCUUUUCUUUUGACCCCCACUCACUGCCUCUUUUUCUCCUCUUCUCUCCCCACGACCCCAUCGUGGAGAGUGGGGCAACUGGUUAUGCCUCUAUUCCAGAGAGACCAAUGUUUCCUAGACUCCAAGCCCUACAUUUGUACGGCUGUCUUCCAGCACACACUAGAUCUCAGCAUCUGAUUGAAGUACUCUCAGAGCGAAAUUUGCCUGCUCUCUUAGAGCUGAACUUCUGCUAUAUACUCCACCACCCUCAAUCUAAUGACGGGUUUGAAUGGAUUUUGACGCCUGAAGUGAUUCUAAAUAUGCAUCCGCUUGUCGAAUUUCGUUGGGUUACUGUCUGUGAUGCCCCCGGCUUUGGCAACUCUGUCCCCCAUCCUCCACCUACAAAAGACCAUUUGGUAGCACUGCAGAAAAAACAUGGCCGAACUCUACGGUGGUUGAUCAUGCAGUAUGGCUAUUGGCUUCACGAAAUCGGCGAACCGGCUACUUUUGUGUUCACUGCCGAUGAUGUUGAAACUUUCCUAAGAGAUCUUGAUCUUGAAAGAGUGGUCAUCACAGUUCCACACAUAGAUCUAUGCCUAGCCAUCCUAAUGCUUGCAUUUGAGAGACAACCAUCAUUUUCUUAA